UAACAAUGAGUGGCUUAAUUUCGUUGAUUGCGAUAGUGGCUCUGGUCGGUGGAGUGCUGGGUCGGCAUGACGCAGCGUUCAAAAGUUUUGGCUCCACCGGGGGAGAGUGUAGCCAGUACCUGAACAACGAUGGUAACGGAGAUUGCAAUGUCCACUGCAUCGGAGUGGUCGCCCACGUCUGGAACGACACUUUGGCCAAGUUCACCCAGAACUACGCCGGUUACUUCGUCCCGGACCCGAAGGAUGACUGCUACGUGAAUCGUACGGAACGGUGUUUGCUGCAGGUCGACAAGUCGGUUGAAGUGUACGACAAAUGCACCCGAGCCCAAAAGUUAGGACAGUGUUAUGCCGAUCAAUACGGAGAAUUGGUGCCCACUCAGCUGCAGUACGUGCCGAUGACGGAUCUUCAGUACACCCGAGUGUUCCUGCAGUGCGCCGCCAUGCUGGGACUUUCGACCGCUGACCUCGAUGCCAUGGUUCAGCAGGGAGCUUACAACGUUCCAGCUGGAGAAUGUCUUCUGCGGUGCACGUUGACUCGGAUGGGAUUGUACACCGACGAGGCAGGAAUCGACGUGCCCUUGGCUACCAGGCAGUGCGGCCUGUACAAUGCAACAUCCGACAUUGGCCAGUGCCAGGCCAAGGUUAUGGCAGAGCAGUGCGACAAAUGCAAACGGACUGUUGCCAUUGCAAAGGAUUGCCUCGGCAUGCACUACAAUGUUCGGAAAGUAGACAACAGCUAUGUGUUGGAACUGUAUGGAACUUGCUAUUCGUACUGUGCAUACUACUACUACUACUGUUAUUACUAUGGAUGCCCUUACCUGAGCUACUCAAGUUAUUCAGCAACGGGCUCAUCAUCCUAUGCUUAUAAUUACAUGGAUUUUACUUUUGCCGGAAAGUAA